UCGCAGCAGAGGCAGAGUGCAUUGUGUGUAGCUGGCAAUGGCGGAACCUCUCUCAAACACCGAACUCUCUUCUUCCAAAACCCUGGACCCAACCAACGGUCACGAUUCCACUUCGGAACCGCAUCAAACGGCUCCGGAAGACGCUCAGCUCAAUCGAGAAGACGACGUUGUUCCAACCGCGAAACGGAAGAGGGACGACGACGUCGAAGACCGUUCGCUGCAUCCGCUGUGGAAGACCAGCCUAUGCUCUUACUUCCGGAGCCACAACGGAUCGUGCAGCCACGGCGGCGCUUGCCGAUACGCGCACGGCGAGGAGGAGCUCCGCCCCCGCCCCGACAACACGUGGGACCCGACCUCCGAGCGCGCGAAGAAAGCGCUGAAGACCGAGUCGGACGAAAAGCGCGCCGUCUCGGAGGAAGUGAUGAUGACGGAGGCCGUCGUGGACGACGGUGAUGACGGUUGUGGCGCGAAUCACGCGCUUAACAUAUGCUUGGUGCAUUUGCCGCGGAAAUGGAGCUCCGAGAAUUUGAGGACUUUUCUCGGCGAACAGGGCAUACCUUUUAAGCAUGCUAAGAAAAAGAAAGGCAUGAUGAUUGGUUUUGUUACUUUUGAAGAUGAAGAACAGUUGAAGAGUUCAACAAUGGAAUUAGAAGGAAAAUCAAUUGGCAACAAAACGGUAAAGGUUGCUAAUGUUCUUCCUCGGUCAUUCGAAAAGAAAAGUAAUGCCAUUGUUGCAUCCCGUCAAGAAUUAGACGAGGAAAAUGCAGGGGUUGAUGUUGCUUCAAGUGGGACUUUGGAUGGUGAAACAAAUAAUGAUAACUUGGCAAAGACAAGAAAUGUGCGUGAUGCAGUGACUCCUCUAGCUCACAUGGCCUAUGCCGAUCAGUUGGAGCAGAAAACAAGCUCCCUCAUGCAGAUUCUCAAAAAACUUACUAGAAAUGCUCGUAAAGCUUGUCCAAAUGGUGUUUCUCUUCCUGAAUGGAUUCUCAAGUCUAGGGAAAUAGGUGGUCUUCCGUGCAAACUAGAGGGUAUUAUUGCAUCCCCUAUUGUAAAUGGAUACCGUAACAAGUGUGAGUUUUCUGUUGGAUAUUCUCUGGAAGGCAAAGUGACAGUAGGUUUCAUGCUUGGAAACUUCAGGGAAGGUGUAACAGCAGUUGAGGAAGCAGUGGACUGCCCAAACGUUUCAACAGUUGCUUGCAAAUAUGCUACAAUCUUUCAGGAAUUUCUACAGGACAGUGAUUUACCAGUUUGGAACAGAUUUAAAAAUACUGGUUUUUGGCGUCAAUUGACGGUUCGAGAAGGGAGAACAAAUGGGAAUGUUGUUGAUGCUGAAACGUUUAGUGGUGUUGCAGAGGUCAUGCUUAUUGUGCAGGUUUCUACUGCAAGCUUUGAUGAUGCAAAAGUAGCUGCUGAGUUCAAGAGGCUUGCUCAGGCAUUUGUUGCCGGAGCUACUUCGCAUUGCCCAAUAUUACCCCUUACAGCUCUGGUUGUUCAGGAUCACCAAGGAAUAUCCAAUGUGGCACCAGCUGAUGCACCACUGCAUUCACUUCCCAUUCCUAAAGCAGCUGGUGAUCCUGAGGUGGAUGAAAAUAAUAAUGCCAAGGAUGUAAGAAUCCAUGAUCAUAUCAACAAUCUCCAGUUUUCUAUAUCUCCAACAGCAUUUUUUCAGGUUAACACUCUUGCUGCUGAGAAGUUGUACUCACUUGCUGGAGAUUGGUCAUGCUUAGGUCCUGACACACUGCUAUUUGAUAUAUGCUGUGGGACAGGAACAAUUGGCCUGACAUUAGCACAUCGAGUUGGUAUGGUGAUUGGAAUUGAAAUGAAUGCUUCUGCUGUAUCUGAUGCGCAUAGGAAUGCUGAGAUUAAUGGCAUAAAAAACGUUAAAUUUAUAUGUUCGAAGGCAGAGGACGUGAUGGGAUCUCUGUUAAGGGAAUACCUGAAUGUGACUAGGGAACAAGUUGAUGAUCCUAAUAUCUCUGGAAGCGGCAAUGACAUUCCUAAGGAUAGUGCCUGCCCAGAACCUGAAAAUUGUGAAAUAGCAUCUCGUUGUCCAGAAAAUAACAUUGCCGAAGUUGGAAGUGAGGUUCAGAAGGGUUGCACUUGUGAACAAGCUGAUGGGAUCUCUGAACAGGCUGAGGACGUGAUGGGAUCUCUGUUAAGGGGUGAUGCUAAUGUGGCCAAGGAACAAAGUGAUGAUCCAAAUGUCUCUGGAAGUAGCAAUGACAUUCCUGUGGAUGGUACCUGCCCAGAGCCUGAAAAUGGUGAAAUUACAUCUCACUCAGAAAAUAACAAUGCAGAAGUUGGAGGUGAGGUUCAGAAGGGUAUCAGUUCUGAAAAUGGGAAGACUUCACUGCAACAGUUCAAAAAUGUUGUUGCUAUUGUUGAUCCUCCACGUGCUGGACUUCAUCCAACUGUGAUCAAAGCUUUGAGAACUCAUCCAGGCCUGCGGAGGCUUGUUUACAUAUCCUGUAAUCCUGAAACUUUGGUGGCAAAUGCUAUUGAGCUUUGUACGCCAUCCCCCGUAAAAAUUGAGAAAGGAAAUAAAGACAACAGAGGAUGGAGAAACAUGAGCAGUGCUGGUUUAGCACGGCACAGGGCCAAGUCUAUGCCCAUCUCAGAGGCAUUCCAUCCCGUAAAGGCUAUGGCUGUUGAUCUUUUUCCACAUACUCCACACUGUGAAUUGGUUAUGCUUCUUGAGAGGUAGGUCAUAGGUGGACCAAACACCAAAGUCUGGGUUAGGUUUAUUUUAUGUGCUAGGCUCUCAAAUUUCAUUUGUCCAACAUUUUUUGGCGGCACUGUAAGUGGUGGUGGAUGUUAGUGCUUAUUAUAUUCUGAUCUUACGCGCAGUGAAUUAUGUUCAAGCAUGACCUUCGAUAUUCAGUUGUAGCAUUAUUUUCCUUUUUGAUGCAUGUAUCAUGAAGCAUUAUCUGCGUCUUGUCUUUUUCCUGUGGAUUUUUUUUUAACUUCAUUGUGGUCAGAAAUUAUUUUAUGGGCUUAGAGCAUCUGUGAAUAAUAAUACUCCAAGAUCUCCAAUUCUCUA